AUGCAGUUCUCCAUCUUCACUGUCCUUGCCGCUGCUGCCAGCGCUGUCGUUGCUCUUCCUGCAGCCACUCCUACCGCUGCCGCCACCGCGACUCCCUCUGCCACUUGCGGCAAGAUUGGCAACUUCCACAAGACCACUGUCAAGGCCGGACAGACCUUGACCACCAUCGCGCAGCGCUACAACUCUGGUAUCUGCGACAUUGCGUGGCAGAACAAGCUUGCGAACCCCAACGUCAUCUUUGCUGGUCAGGUCCUUUUGGUCCCCGUCGACGUUUGCAACCCCGACAACACCUCCUGCAUCACCCCCACUGGGGAGGCUACCUGCGUUACAGGCGGACCGGCUACCUACACCAUUAAGUCUGGCGACACAUUCUUCGUCGUUGCUCAGAGCCUUGGCAUCACCACUGACUCCCUUACUGGCGCCAACCCCGGUGUCGCUGCUGAGAGCCUCCAGGUCGGCCAGGUCAUCAAGGUCCCUGUUUGCUAA